AUGCGGAAUAAGAGGAAGGCGGUCAAGAAUGGUCACACGGCUCGCAACGAUGACGUUCUGGCCUGCACGGCAUCGCCUUCUGGUGAGAAAGAGAACUAUCAGAGUGUGGACAAAGAGGGGAAAAUUCGAAUAACCGAACAAGCGCAACGAAUGUUCGAUGCAGUACAGUCGAGGGCGCAAGAGAGUAUCGACAAAGCAAUUCGGGAGAUUGCAUCGACGACGAUGAAAGACCCGGACGCCGAGCAAGGAUCGUACGAAAUUUCUACUUGGUACAGUGCUCCGUAUCCUCAGGAAUACGCUCAUGUUCCCAUUUUGCAUAUUUGUGAAUUCUGUUUAAAAUAUAUGAAAACGGAAGCGAUUCUAGCACAGACUAUGAAAAAAUGCGAAUGGCGCCAUCCACCUGGUAAUGAGAUCUAUCGCAAUAAUAAUGUUUCCGUAUUUGAGAUAUACUGUCAAAACCUUUGUUUAAUAGCAAAGUUAUUUCUUGAUCACAAAACUUUGUACUACGAUGUGGAGCCGUUUCUUUUCUAUGUUGUCACCAAGAAUGAUGACUAUGGAUUUCAUUUAGUUGGAUAUUUCUCGAAGACUUCUGGAGGAGUCAUGCGAGGAUCGCUCAUCAGGGUGGUGACGAAGGCUUUUAUCAUUUGA